CUCUUACACUAUCGAUUUGUGGCAGCACAAUCUGCACGAUCAGCUCUAGAAAUUCUCGGGACAUAUAAACAGUUGUUUUUAAUAGUGAUCAAGCUUCGGAGUGCUACUUUUUCACUUACAAAUCGCUCGCGAAUACUUCUGAGAAUUUAAUAUAGUUAUAAAAUGUCGACCCGAGAAGGAGGUAAGAAGAAGCCUUUGAAGGCCCCGAAGAAGGAAAGCAAAGUUUUAGAUGAUGAAGACAUUGCAUUCAAGCAGAAACAGAAAGAACAACAAAAGGCACUAGCGGAAGCAGCAAAGAAAGCCAGUCAAAAAGGUCCUCUAGUCACUGGUGGUAUAAAAAAAUCUGGGAAAAAAUGAUCAUGUUAUAAUGGAUGAAAUUUGCAAUUUAUCUUUUAUAUUAUACUUUGAUUGUAACAAUAAUUUGUAAAAGUGAUUUACUAUUAUAUGAGAAAAACCUUUUUAUAUGCUUCUUCAUUUCAAUGAAUUCUUUAAACUUGUAAAUAAAAGCCAUAUUUCAUUGUA